AUCGGCUGCAGCCCGGGGGAUACACGUCCGGACAUGUGCAGCACGUGUGGCCCUGCACUCGCGCUCAGAGCUGCUGAAGAGAGGAGAGACGAGAUGGACUUACUACAAUUUAAACAAUUUAAAUUACCCCAAAUCUCUGCACAUUUAGAAAAGUUCUUUAGUACUAUUCUUUGGGAACAUUCUUCUUUAAGUUUACCUUAAAUUUCAUGGUUGGAGCUCAUUUUGGUGAUAAACUCUGAGAAAUCAUAAACAACCUCACUAUUUUCAGAUUGAGGUUUUUGUCAAAUGUGGAUUUUGAUUCUGAGACAAAAUGAAGCGAAAAAUUAAAACAUUUUUGGAUGAAAGCAACGUGAAAAGGACUAAAUGCAGCCAACCAGAACGCUUAGAGCAUCACUGCAACCAACCAGAGCGCUCGGGGCAUCACUGCAACCAAUCAGAGCAAUGGGAGCUAGACAGCGGCUUCAGCAGUGGGCGGAGUUCACCUGUGAGUGGGCGGAGCUCUCCUCUGAUGUCCGUCGCACCUGUCCUGGCUGAGACCUUAGUGCAGCCCCCUCCUCAAACUGCCGUGGUGUCUUUGGACUGUGAGAUGGUGGGCACAGGGCCCCGGGGCAGGGUCAGCGAGGUUGCUCGUUGCUCUGUGGUUGAUUACCAUGGCAACGUCCUGUUUGACGAAUACAUCCGCCCCAUUGGUCAGAUCACGGACUACAGGAGCCAGUGGAGCGGCAUCACGAAGCGUCAUCUGACCAAAGCCAUCCCUUUCAGCCAGGCUCGAGACCAGGUCCAGUCUCUUCUCGAGGGUAAAGUCUUGAUUGGACACUCGGUCCAGACCGAUCUGAAGUCCUUAGACCUGGUUCAUCCUGGUCACAUGAUCAGAGACACCAGCUGCACUCGCCUCCUCACACGAUUGGCUGGUUUCCCCCGAGAGUAUCGCCCCUCUCUGAAGGCUCUGACCAAUCGGCUUCUGCAUCGUAAAAUUCAGAUUGACAAACAGGGUCACUGCUCCGUAGAAGACGCGGUUGCUGCUCUGGACUUGUACAAACUGGUGGAGGGCGAGUGGGAGAGAGAGGUGGAGCUUUCACUGAGGGACGAGCGAGAUCCCACCCCCCCGAGCUACGCAUCAUCACAACACUACCUGAACGAUGAGUACUGGCCCUCCCUCUGAGCCAGAUGCCCUCCCACAUGAACGACAAGUACUGGCACAUCUACUUGUUUAUAUUUUCUGCGCAAUAUAUCACGCUUUAAAAUGUAUUAGUGUGACAGGCCUAAUGAGUACAUGCUCACCAUCUGAACCAGAUGCCCUCCCACAUUAACAGUGAGGACCUAAACUUUGAAUUGAAUUGUGGGUGACAUUUCUGCUACAAACUUGAAGCUGAGACAAACUUUAUAAAAUAAUAAACCUGUAUUUAUUAAAAGAUGUAAAAUAAAGUGUCUUAACCGUGCUUUCUCUGAAGUGACCUCAGUGUUGUAGACGCACAAAAGUAAUAAAGUUUAAAAUAUUGUUGGA